UCUGCUCUCUGUAUGACCUUCCAGUUUAUUACCUUCCCUCUUUCUCUCAUUCUCUCAUUUCCCACCUUCCAUUUCUAAUUCCCCCUUUAAUAGUAAAUUUUUUAACACGGCAUAUUCCAUUUCCAUCCAACAGUUUUUUGCUGCAUUGGAAAACAAAUUUGUGCCAUCAAAUAUUUUCGCCCCACCAUGCAAAAAAAAAUUUCUGGCCUUUUCCGUUUCCAGCGCCUUCAUAGUCCCUCAUGUUGACUUUCUUUUCCUGAAUAUGUAGAAAAGAGUCUCCUUUUUCAUGGGUUUUCUGAUCCUUUUUGAUCCCGUUAAUAUUUUUAUUUAACCCCGCCUCAUCAUUCAUCUUCGCCCAUUAGUCUUAUUUUUUUUGUUUCUGAUUACAAUUUUUGUGGAAAAUUUUCUAGUGGGUGCAUUUUUGUUGGGUCAUUUAGGUUAAUGGGUUUGAAAUGGAUCUGAAGGGAGUGCACUGAAAUUUGAGAUUUUCUUUGUUUUGAUUAUCUUGAUUGCCUUAUUUUCAUUCUCAAUUGAUCAUUUGGGAAAUCAAGAAUGGAUCAUGUCAUUGGAGGAAAGUUUAAGCUGGGGAGGAAAAUUGGUGGAGGAUCUUUUGGGGAGCUUUAUUUGGGAACACAUACACAAACUGGUGAAGAAGUGGCCGUGAAGCUGGAAUCUGUUAAGACUAAACACCCUCAGCUUUAUUAUGAAUCGAAAUUGUAUAUGCUUCUUCGAGGCGGAACUGGGGUUCCCGAGCUUAGAUGGUUCGGAGUUGAAGGUGAGUACAAUGCCAUGGUUAUUGAUCUUCUUGGACCAAGCUUGGAAGAUUUGUUUAACUAUUGCAAUAGGAAGUUCUCACUGAAAACAGUUCUCAUGCUUGCUGAUCAAUUGAUUAAUAGAGUGGAGUUCAUGCACUCCAGAGGUUUUCUCCACCGUGAUAUAAAGCCAGAUAACUUCUUAAUGGGCUUGGGACGCAAAGCGAAUCAGGUAUACAUUAUUGACUAUGGACUUGCAAAGAAAUACAAAGAUCUUCACACUCACAAGCACAUACCAUACAGGGAAAACAAAAAUCUUACUGGUACAGCUCGUUAUGCUAGUGUUAACACUCAUCUUGGAAUUGAACAAGGCAGAAGGGAUGAUUUGGAGUCUCUUGGCUAUGUCCUCAUGUAUUUUAUCCGGGGAAGUCUUCCCUGGCAAGGACUGAAAGCGGGCACAAAGAAGCAGAAAUAUGACAGUAUCAGUGAGAAGAAGAUGCAUACAACGAUGGAAGUGCUUUGUAAAUCCUACCCAUCCGAGUUUCUAUCAUAUUUUCAUUAUUGUCGAUCAUUAAGAUUUGAAGACAAGCCUGAUUAUUCAUAUCUGAGAAGGCUUUUCCGAGACCUAUUUCUUCGAGAAGGUUAUCAGUUUGAUUAUGUGUUUGACUGGACCAUAUUGAAGUACCCCCAAAUCGGAUCCAGCUCACGGACACGACUAACUGGGAAACCACCUGCAAAUGCUGGACCAUCUUCAGAAAGGGUGGAAAAGACACCAGUGAAACAAGAAGCUCGAGAGAGACUUUCUGGUGCGGUCGAGGCAUUUGCCAGGAGAAACGUUGCUAGUCAUGGAGAUCACUUGAAACACAACAAAUCUUCAGAGGAUGUCCCAUCAUCCAAAGAUGUGCUAGCUGAUACUGAGAGAGGGCGAGUAUCCCGGAAUAGUGCCCCAAAGAGGGCAGUGGCAUCCGGCAGCCGGCCCAGCACUUCAGGUGGAGGUCGCCUGACAACCACUCAAAGACUACAGCCCGGUGCUACAAGAGGCGUCCGAGAUGAAACUCUCAGAAGCUUUGAGCUGUUGACAAUUGGGACGGGGAAAAGGAAAUAGUGGAAAUGUCGCAGCUCUGCACAGUUUUAUCUGGGGACCAAAAACGAUUCCCCGUUGGCCUUACCUGCCUCACAGGUCCAUGGUUUGGGAUCCCAGUUCCCAUUACGGGGCAGAACAUUAGUUAACGUCGUCGAUAUAUUCCGUCAUCAUUUAUGUCUCUCUUUCCUUUCUUACCUUGUCUAGUCAUAUGCAUAUUGUCAUGUAACAGACCAGGAUGACUAUGUUAAUGCCAUUGGAAUUAUUUUUAUAUGUAACAUUCAUCUUAUAAGGUUC